UCAUCCGUUUCCUAAAACCCUUGCCCCUUUCUCUCUCCUCUUCUUUAGGGUUUUAGAGGUGGACGGCGGUGAGAGCGACUGGGAGAAGUGGACCUCAAGGAGCCAUUCUCGCUGGGCCGCUGCUCUCUCCCUUCGUCCUCCAAGACGGCUUCUUGCGGCCUCGGUGGUGCAAAGCUGGGGAGAGUUGCAGGGGCCAUGGCGAUGGGGCUUUCCACCUACGGCAGCCCUCUUAGGCCCUGCUCUCCCUCCCCCACCUCCUGGUUCUCUUCCUCUCUCCGCCGCUCUGUCACCGGCUUGACGCGGCUGCCCCUCCAACCCGUUUCGGGGGUCGUCGGGCACGAGUAUCAUUCAUUGCCGGAAUCGGAUGCUCACCGUGGCCCUAAAAACUUUUCUUCAGAUUUUGGAUUAUCUUCCAACCGUGAAGUAAUGGGAAGGACUUACAGUGCUGCUCAUGCAUCACAUGAUGUGUACUCCAAAUCUAAAUCUACCUGGAAUCGAGAGAGAUGCAAAAUUAUGAGAGACAAACUUUGUCAAGGUAUUGCUAUUGGCCGUGUUUUACCAUCAUCACAAGAAUUAGUCGACUUACAUGAUGAAACUGCUUCUAAUAGUGUGAAUGGUUUCGAAAAGGCAAUUUUUCCAAAUUAUUCAUCCAUCAGGGAUAGUAUGCUUCCUUGUUCUGGUAUGGGCAACAGUAUUACUUCAAGUUUUAAGGAAAACCCUCUUAUGGAUACCACUUGGCAUUCUGAGUCACUCAUGACGCAGGCUGUUGAGGAAGGGAUCCAGCCCAAUGGAUCACAGCUGUUGAAGCAUAUGAAUGACGUCAAAGAGCCUCUUUCUGGUUUGGCUGGACUUAGAUCUAACAAUGUGAGCGAAGCAGAUAAAGCAACAUGCCAAAGCACUGAGCAUUGCAUUGAAACUUCUCUUGACCAAAGAAGUCAUCCCAAAAAACUUAUUGGGCCUAAGGGGGAAAACCAACAGAAGCUUGCUCAGAUAUAUGACAAAGUUGUUGUGGUUGAUAAUAUCUCAAGAGCAAAAAAAGUAGUUCAAAUGCUUAUGACGAAGUACAGGAAUUUCAUCCAUGCAUGUGAUACAGAGGUUUCCAAGAUUGAUGUUAAACAGGAGACACCUGUUGGUCAUGGAGAGAUCAUUUGCUUUAGUAUUUAUUCUGGACCAGAAGCAGAUUUUGGUAAUGGAAAAUCUUGUAUUUGGGUGGAUGUGCUUGAUGGUGGGCGAAGUGUUCUGAUGGAAUUUGCUCCGUUCUUUGAAGACCCAUGCAUUAAGAAGGUUUGGCAUAAUUAUAGCUUUGAUAGUCAUGUUAUAGAGAACUAUGGGAUCAAGCUUUCCGGGUUCCAUGUAGAUACCAUGCAUCUUGCACGGCUAUGGGAUUCUUCAAGAAGAGCUGAUGGUGGGUAUUCUCUUGAAUCACUUACUGGUGAUUCAAGGGUCAUGUCUACAAAACAGUCAUGCCGCGACAAGGAACUGGUUGUCGGGAAGAUAUCAAUGAAGUCCAUAUUUGGUAAGAAAAAGUUAAAAAAAGAUGGCUCUGAAGGGAAGCUUAUCACUGUUGCUCCCGUUGAAAUUCUUCAAAGAGAAGAACGAGUACCAUGGAUUUGCUAUUCUGCUUUAGAUUCAAUAAGUACUUGGAAACUUUAUGAUAGCUUGAAGGAAAAGCUUGAGAAAAUGGAUUGGACUCUUGAUGGUGUUAAAAGAGGAUCAAUGUAUGACUUCUAUGAAGAAUACUGGCGUCCAUUUGGUGUUCUUUUAGUCAAAAUGGAGUCUGAGGGAAUGCUUGUUGAUCGAGCUUAUCUUUCGGAGAUCCAAAAAGUUGCUAUUGCUGAACAAGAAGUAGCGGCAGACAAAUUUCGGAAGUGGGCGUCUAAGUAUUGUCCUGAUGCUAAGUACAUGAAUGUUGGCAGUGAUGCUCAAAUCCGCCAGCUUUUUUUUGGUGGUACUCAAAAUAGAAAGGAUCAAAAUGAAACACUGCCUUCAUCAAAGACCUUUAAAGUGCCUAAUACUGAAAAUGUCAUUGAAGAGGGCAAGAAGUCUCCUUCUAAAUAUCGGACUAUUGAGUUACAGAGUCUUGGUGUACAAAUGCCAACUGAGAUGUAUACUCCUAGUGGGUGGCCUUCAGUUAGUGGUGAUGCUCUGAAAAUUUUUGCUGGAAAGGUCUCCACUGAUGAAAUAUAUCUAACUAAUGAAUAUGAAACUAAGUCUGAUGGCACAAGUUCUGAUGGCAAAGGCACAUCCUUCUAUGGAACUGCUUAUGAAGCAUUUAAUGGCGGCAAGGAGGGAAAGGAGGCUUGUCAUGCAAUUGCGGCACUUUGUGAAGUUUGCUCUAUUGAUUCCUUGAUAUCCAAUUUCAUUCUUCCCUUACAGGGGAGUCAUAUAUCAUGUAAGAAUGGGCGCGUUCACUGUUCUCUAAACAUCAAUACUGAAACUGGACGUUUAUCUGCCAGGAGACCAAAUUUGCAGAAUCAACCAGCAUUAGAGAAGGAUCGGUACAAAAUUCGGCAGGCUUUUGUUGCUGAACCUGGACACACUCUUAUUGUGGCUGAUUAUGGGCAGCUGGAGCUUAGGAUCUUAGCACAUCUUGCAAACUGUAAAAGCAUGCUGGAUGCCUUCAAAGCUGGUGGAGAUUUUCAUUCUAGGACAGCUAUGAAUAUGUAUGCCCAUGUCCGUGAAGCUGUUGAAGAAAAGAGAGUACUUCUUGAGUGGCAUCCUCAACCUGGUGAAGAGAAACCUCCAGUUCCUCUUUUAAAGGAUGUUUUUGCUGCUGAAAGAAGGAAAGCCAAGAUGCUUAAUUUCUCUAUUGCUUAUGGAAAAACUCCUGUAGGGCUCUCUCGGGAUUGGAAGGUCUCUACCAAUGAAGCCAAAAAAACAGUUGAACUUUGGUACAAUGAUAGAAAGGAAGUCCUCCGGUGGCAGCAAAAAUGCAAAAAAAAAGCACAGGAAGAGGGGUGUGUUUAUACUUUGCUAGGACGGAGACGCUGUUUUCCUUCAAUGACUCAUGCCAGUCAUGGUCAGAAGGGUCACAUUGAGAGAGCUGCAAUCAAUACUCCAGUACAGGGUAGUGCAGCGGAUGUAGCUAUGUGUGCAAUGCUUGAGAUAGACAGGAAUACUCGUCUCAAAGAGCUUGGAUGGAGACUAUUAUUGCAGGUGCAUGAUGAAGUAAUACUGGAAGGACCCACAGAGUCAGCUGAGCUCGCCAAGGCUAUAGUCAUCGAAUGCAUGUCCAAACCCUUUUAUGGCACCAACUUCCUCAAGGUUGGCCUUUCUGUUGAUGCCAAGUGUGCACAGAACUGGUAUGCGGCCAAGUAAGAUGGUGUCAUUAAUUAGACCCAGAUUUUUUCUUGUAAAUCCAAAACUGUGCUUCGGAACGGUGUCAGAGCUACCUUGGUUCAUAGGCAAGAUAGCUACAAUGUAUUAUGUGAUGGAAAGUUUGGUCAACCAGACAUGCACCAAAGUUUUGUUCAGGGUGGGCAUGGCAUGUGGCCGCCAGGAGCUUGAUCGGUCCUUUUCGUGCCUUCUCGUGUGUGUAUUAACGUGAGUAAAAGCUGUUCGGAUGGCUGUCCAUUGUAUAUUAGGUGGUCACUAUUAGUAAUUCUCUCCUUAUUUGUUCUAUCCUUCGAUUGAAAAAUGCCUAACUGGAGAGGAAAUACUGAUGUGUACUGAACUGGACGAUAGGGACGGUGUCCUUGUUUAGCUCUAGACUGAAUAAUGGUUGUUCCUGAUUUGUUUGUCUGCUUGUUCUUACUCAUGAUUUUGUAUGAUCAUCAUUGAGUUGAAUGGAGAUAUUCAACUCCUAUUGUACAUAAUAUUCUUUCGAGAAAAAUGAAUCCUUCUUGUAAUUCAGAUAUGCAUCUACGAGAAGUUGGAUGAAAUCUUGGCAGAAA